AUGAAUAACGGUAGGACUAGAGUCCCAAAGUGCGCUCGUUGUCGAAACCACGGACUUAUUUCGAGUCUUCGGGGUCAUAAGAAGGCGUGUGCGUAUCGUGAUUGCCAGUGCCCCAAAUGUGGACUGAUCAAAGAACGACAGAGGAUAAUGGCUGCCCAGGUUGCUUUAAAAAGACAACAAGCUGCCGAGGACAAGAUAGCAUUGCAUUUGGCGUCGGUCCAGAGUGGCACUGCAUUGGAGUCGUUGCCACCGGGACGGAUCUACGGCAUGCGGGUCACCGGUCCCUGUCCCAGCCCUGGCCCAGAAACUGACUCAGCUGCGGAAGAUCAAACUCCAAUUCACAUCGAUAGCGAGACGAGUGAUUCUCUUCCUGAUUGCUGCAGUGCAACUCCUGACUCCGCUGGCACCUCUACAAUCGCAUCUAGGUCCUGCAUGGGAGUGAAUGAGGAAAGUGGAAAUGUCAGUUCUGCCGGACUGGAGAUGCUGAGGAAGCUGUUCCCGGGGAAAAAGCGCUCUGUCUUAGAGCUGGUGCUUCGGCGUUGCAACCAUGACCUACUCCGUGCUGUCGAGCAUUGCAAUGCUAUUCAUGCUCAGCGAGACAAAUCCACUUCAAGCGUCGGCUCAAGCAGUACCAGAUUCGAAACCUCCGUUUCCAGUACCGAGGAGCUAGAAGCGCGAUGGUCCGCAUUUCGCCCCUUGGUUUACUGGGACGACAGGAGUUUAUUCUUUGAACACGAAGUGACAACGCUCCAUGACAACAGACUGCGAUGUUUGCUGCUAUCCCGACAAUAUGGUAUUGGCACCUGCAAGGAAACUAUGGCUUUCCUACUGAAAGGUUUGCCAGGAUCAGAUUGCCGUUUAAAAUGUCCACAAUAUAUAGAAAGUUGGCUUCAAAGUAUUAACAGCUCGAGUUUAAAGUUAAGGAAAGCAUACUGA